ACUUAUAGUGGAAAUCAUAUUGGGCUCACACACUCUUUAUGUAAUUGCUUAUGUAUAUGUAUGUAUCCCCUUCCUUCCACCAUCCCAAUUUAAACCCACUCACUGUUUUUGCUUUUCUGUUCUUGUGUAUCAGUUGCUUGGCUUUUGGAGUGAUUAGUCUCGUUUCUUGAAUUGUGAUUAGAAGUUGGAACUAUUAAAUAGUUUGUGCAGCUUUGGUAAACUGUUCUAUGGUGGAAUCUUGGAGCUAUUCUUCCGAAGGGAAAGGCCUUUUGUUUUCUGAUGAAGUAGACUUACCAGUUGACUCUUUUUCUAGAAGUAGAAAAACAUUCAUAGAAUGGGAAAGUAAACCCUCUUAUACUUUUGAUAUUAACAAGCUUAUUUCAGAUAGUGAUACUGUAAAGGAUAUGGAAUUUAUGGACCUUGGUUUGACUGAUGUGACUAGAAAAUCUUUCAUUAGUAGCACAAGCGGAGGUCCAAUGAAGGGUGAAGUUAGUUGUGAUUCUAGAAAAAGAGUGACUAGUCCUUCUUGUCUGGUCACUUCAAGUUCAUUUUUUGGGGAAGAGGAAUCUGGAUCAAAAAUUUCAAGUUCUUGUAUGGAAUCCAAUAGUCAGAAUUCAUCAUUUAUUGAUUUAAAGCUAGGGAAUUUGGUUGAUUGUGUAGAUACGCAGAAUGGUGAAUUUCGGAAAGAGAAGUCGGUUGUAUCUAUUGUGCCUCCAUCUUUGACUGCAAAGAAAGCUCGUUCAAUGAGUUCAUGCUCUCAAACUCCCCUCUGCCAAGUUUAUGGCUGUAAUAGAGAUCUUAGCUCCUCAAAGGAUUACCACAAAAGGCAUAAAGUUUGUGAGGUUCACACGAAGACUCCCAAAGUAAUAGUUAAUGGCUAUGAGCAAAGGUUUUGCCAGCAGUGUAGCAGGUUUCAUUUGCUGGCUGAAUUUGAUGAUAGUAAACGCAGUUGUCGUAAACGCCUGGCAGGCCACAAUGAGCGUAGGAGAAAGCCUCAAUUCAAUAUCCUCUCUGGUAAAUCGCAUAAGUUGCUGCAAUCAUAUCAAGGUUCAGCAGGCACCAAAUUUCUGGGGACUUCAUUACCAAAAGGAGCAUCCUUUGUUUUCCCAGAAUCAUUUCCAGAGGGCAUUCUUUUCCCUGAAAGCAAUGAGCAAGCCAAUCUAUUUCAGCAUCUCAAGUUUGAAGAGGAACCAUUCUCGUGUCCUCAAUUUGCAACACCGAUCUCGAAUGGGCAACUACUAACAAAAUCUAUCAUCUAUCUACAAGGCAAUGAGAAACAACACCCAUGGGCAACUGAAAGCUAUAAUGUUUAUAAUAUGUCAUCGACUGUUCAAGAAUCACCUGAGAUUUCACACUCCAGUUGUGCUCUCUCUCUUCUGUCAGCUCAUUCACACAACUUUUCAAGCCAUUCAUCAGGAAAUCAAAUCCCUAGGCCUUUGAUCAAUCAAACCAGCCAUGUCCAACAUAAUCUGGACCUAAAUUUCAACAAAGCUGUGGAUUUAAUGUCUUUGGAAAGAUAUGCAACAGAUGGCUUGUAUUCAUCAGGAAUGAACUCUGUGGAUGGUGCUCAGACAAGCUCCAUCAUGGUUCCUGAUGCUGGGCAUGCUGUUGAAUUGGAAGUCGAAGCAGGCGGAGUUUUUCAAGAGUCUGAUCCUAUAAAGGCCAAGUACUUUCUCCCUCCUGAAGAUGGGUCCACUGUUGAUUUGAUACAACUUUCAUCACAUCUAAAAAGAGUGGAGCAACAGAGGAAUUGCAUGCAAUACAAGCAGCAAAAUGAUGAUUUGUGCUGUUUCUCAGCCUCUUAAGCUGUAAAUGAGGUUAUUGGAGCCUAUUGAGAUACUUAGCAAAAAGAGUUAUAGCCGCACAUGCUUGCGCAAUGUUAAAAUGCUGUUAGACACUUCAGAUGCAAUAUAUUGAUAGUGCGCUCCUUUUUCUAUUAAGUAUAUAACAGGAAAAACUAUCUAGGUUUUCUUAUUGUGAAGUCCUUUUUCGCAUCAGUUAACUCCUUUGCCCUUUUAGUCUACAUGCAGUUAUCGUUUCAAUGAAGGAUUCAAUAUCAGACUAUGCAACUACUGUAUCAGUUGAGCCUGUUGAAAACUUUCGGCUGUUUUUGGUUUAUGAUUGAAAAGGCAUAUGAGUAUGAGCUUGGUCUUUUUCUAAACAAUUUUACUU